CCGACGGAGCCGCCCCGGAAAGGCCAGUCCCGAGCUGGAGGCAAAGGCAAAGGCCCGUCUCUUCUCUCCCGGAGCCACCGAGGCAAAAAGGCAGGCGGGGGGCUGGCGAUGGGUCCCGCUCUGAGGGGCUGGGCCUCGGCGGCGCUGGGCCUGGGGCUGCUCCUGUCCGCGGCGGCGGGGGGGCCUCCGGCCCAUUUCCUGUACCAAGUGAGGUCCGAGUGCUUCUUCCCCAACGGGACCGGCCCCGAGGCAGAGGUGCGCUACCUGAGCCGCAUCAUCUACGACCGGCAGGACAUCUACCACUUCGACAGCGACCUGGGCCGGUACGAGGCCCUCUCGCCCAUGGCCCAGUCCAACGUGGACAGACACAACCGGGACCCGGACCAGCUGCGGGCCAUGAUGGCCGACGUGGACCGCUUCUGUCGCUACAACUACGGCCUCACUGAGCCCUUCGCCCUGGGCAGGAAAAUUCCGCCCAAGAUGAAGAUUGUCCCCAACGACUAUGGGGCCUCCUCCUCCUCCGGGAAUACUAUGCUGAUCUGUACUGUAGAUGACUUUUUCCCGGCCAAGAUCACAGUCCGGUGGUUCAGGAACGGGAAGGAGGAAAAGGGUGACCAAGUGAUGACCACGCCUGUCAUGGACAACGGAGACUGGACUUACUGGAUCCAUGUGAUGCUGGAGACGCAGCCGGAGAAGGGAGAUGUCUACGUCUGCCAAGCAGAGCACGCCAGCUCUGCCAGUCCUGCCUCCAUCGAGUGGAGGCCCCAGUCGGAUUCUGCCAGGAGCAAGAUGUGGACGGGCAUCGUGGGCCUGGUCCUGGGGGUGGUCUUUGUGGCCGCGGGGCUCUCCCUCUACGUCAAGAAAGGCUGUGCUGUGCCCCCUCCCACAGUGGGGCUCAUGGACUAAAGAUCCACCUCUGAAGAGAACGCCUUCUUUCCUCCCUCCUCCUCCUCCUCCGCCAACCUGGGAAGAUCUUCAGCCCUCGGGACCCCACUCGACCCUCUGUUCUUUGAGCAGCCCUCAUCUUGAGGCCUCUCUCUCUCUCUCUCAAUCCCCGUCUCGUUUUUUGAGAAGCCCUGAUCUUGAGGCCUCUCUCUCUCUGUGCCUUGAUCCAUCAAUAAAGAGAUGCUUCCUGCUUUUUA